UUUAUGGCAAAAAAUAUGCAAGACUUUAUUUAUGCCCUUUUUGACUUUGCCGAAACCAACAAUUCCAACACUACUUUGUCUGAUGCUGCUUUACGUUCGCUCGUUUCUCUAGGCGUUAAAAAGCCUAAAAUGUUUAUAAAUGCUGUACAUACAUUUUUGCUUGAUAAUGGAAAAAAGAUGAAUGAAAAAGACAAAGCUUUUGCUUUCCGUUGUUUAACAAACGUUUUUAAUCAAGUGGACGUUGUUGAUGUUUGUGAUGAACAACAAAUUUUAUUAAUUGCUAAUCUUAGCACACAGGAAAUGAGUAUGGCUAAGGAUGUUGAAAAUGGACUUGCACAUGCAGCAAAAGACGUUUUUGUUUCUUUGGUUGGAAAAUCUGACAAAUUUGUUAAUCACGUCGUUGACUCUCUUUUACACAAAUUCCAACCUGGUUCAACUUCACCUCCUCACAGAUUUAUUAUUUUGACAUUAUCAGAAAUUGCACAAAAAAAUCCUGAUGGUUUUUUGCCGUUUUUACACGACAUUCUCGCACGGACAGAUGCUCUUUUACCUCACUUAAAAAAUGACCAAAUCAAAAGUGCUUUUUGUCAGGCUCUCUGUUCUUUUGCGGAAUCUGUGAAAGAAUUUAUUUGGACACAAAAACGACAAAAUAAUGAAAUGGAAAUUAAAUCUGACGAGUGUGUGGCAGUCGAUGAAAGCGAAAUUAGUGAAAGUUAUGCUGACCAGUUUGAAACGGCUUAUGAUGUUAUAAUUAAUUGGACAACUUCUUCAAAGGACCAUAAAUGUCGUGCUGAUGCUGCCGAAUGUAUAGGAAAGCUUUGUUUAAUGAUUGAUCGUGAACGAAUAUUAAAAGAUUUGAAACGUUUGGACACAAUAUUUCGUUCAUUACACAAAAAGGCUUUAAAUCCUGAAGAGCAGUUAGCUAUUACAAUGGGUAUUUCUAAUUUCCUGCAAGCUUCCUGUAUUGAAGAAAGCAUUCCAAUUGAACACUACAUUAAUGACUUGUUUGAAAUGCUUUUUCCACAUGUUUGCCUUCCUGCUGAUCAAAUUGUUGAUGAUCCCUCUUUGCCUAAUUUAUUACAAAUAAAACUUCGAAAUGAAGUUUUUCGUUGUUUUCAAGUUUCUAGUUGUAGGACUGCUGAUAAAGAGAUUUAUUUUUUGUUGCAUAAAAUGCAAAGUCAAAGCGAGAUUGUUAAACUGGGUGCUAUAAAUUUAUUUAGACAUCUUCUCAAUUCUGCUGAUGAUCAAAUGAAAGAAAAUCGUUCAUUAAUAACAAUGGGAAUGAAACCAUUUUUAAAUGAUGAACAAUUAUCAAUUCGUGUAAAAAUGAAUUUAUGUCAAUUAUGUAUAGCUUUAUCAGAUAAUGAAUAUGUUCAAGCAGACGAGGGGGGAGAACAUGUCAUACAAUUUUUACUUGCAAAUUUGGUGGUCAAUCGCAGCGAUUUGAAUGUAAAGCAACGCUCUUCAGUCCAACAACAACAAUUAUUACAAGCGUCUAGUGAUGCAAGUCUAAUUACUCAAUUGAGUGCACAAUGUGCUCAAGCAUUAUAUACAAUUUCGAAUACUAGCAAAGUUGCUUGUGAGCUUCUUUGGCCAAAACUUUUUGAAUAUGUUUGUGUUGAACAAUAUUCACUAGUAAUUACAGAUAUAUUUAAAUGCUUACGUGUUCUGUGUGGAAGAAUAAAACAAUCUUGUAAUAAAUUGGAUAUUUAUGAUUUUGAAGCUAAUUCAAAACUUCCUGGACCUUUCCAAUUAAUUUGUCGAUUAAUUGUAUUUAUGAAUGGAGCACCCCAAAAUGCCCAAUUAAAUGCACGAGCAAAAGAAUCAAUCAAUUUAUUUGGAGAAUUGUUUUGUUGGUUAAAUAAUAAAUUUUGUGAGCAAGAUUCCCCAUUUCCAAAAAUUAUUGGACAUUUAUUGGAAAGUUUACAAAAAGAAUUUUCAUCAAAUUAUCCAUCAAAUGAAGAUAAAAAUGAUUAUUUUGGAAAAGAAAUUUUAUUUUCGAGGGUUGAGAGGUGGCAAGCUGUUAUAUUAGAUUUAUUAUGUUCUUUAAUAAAUGCUGUUGAUGAUCAGUCUUGGCGACAAAAUUUAGCUUCUGCCCAAGCAAAACAAUUAAGUACACUUUUUACUUCAGCUUCAGAUUCUUUUCAAUCUUCGCAAGAUAAAGCUUUUUUAAUGCGUUGUUUAGGCUGUACACUUGCAAGAAUUGAAGAUCCAACAUUUAUUAAAGAACAUUUAUAUUUUUUAUUUCGACAUACCCAACACUCCUCAAUUAUUGAAAGAAUUGGUUGUGCAAUAGCUACAGGACACUGUGCUUCAGUUUUGGAUCAUGCAGAUUUGGUAUUAACUGAAUUAGAAAAUGUUUCAAAAUGGGAACAUAUGAAGGAAGGAAAAAAGCAAAGUGGUGGUUCUUCUGUUGGAUUUUUGUCUUUUAUUAAGGUUUUUUUUAUUGGGUUGUGUAACCAAAAAUGUUCUUUUAGCUAUCGGUUUUUAAAUUGGUAUUUUAUUUUUUUCGCAUACAUCCCAGGGAUCUAG